UUAUAUUCGGAAGUACGAAUAUGCCCUUCCACAAUCCUAUCAUUACCCGCGUGAUUUUAUUUUCGUUCUCGUUUUCGCGUUCACCGGAGUCUGGAGAUAAUCAGAGUUCAAGAAGUCGCUCAAAACGGUUUCUCAUAAUCUAUUCAGAUUCUUGAUUUGGUCGAGCUGGUUCCUUAUUUGAUAUAAUGGAGGUGGAUUUGGUUACAAGUGGUUUGUUAGAAGAGGAGACUUUUGGACUUGAUGACAAUAAUGAUCAUAAAGAUUUUGAGGGUGGAAGAUAUGGGCUAUGCAUGGACAUUAUCAUUGACCGAGGGGUUCUGGACUGCUGCCAGAACUGGUGCAUCUCUUUAGAUGUCUUAUUUUGUUUUUUCUCCUGAGUAAUUAAAUCAAAUGAUCGUAAAAAAAACUUUUGUUGUCGAAUGCAAUCAUCAAUAAAGGUCUUAAGUUUCCCGGUUAGAGUGUUUACUAAAACGAAGUGCAAUUAAUGGAAAACUCAAAUAUUAAAGUAUUUUGUCACAGAGGCCUAUGUUUUAGAAAUUGGAUUUCAGUGAAGUAUCUAAAAAAGAGAAUGGUUAGUUAUUUUUGUUUGGCGGGUGAUGCAAUCAAAACUUUGGUUUAUCCUUUUUUCCCCGUAAAUAUCAGGUUGAGUUGGGUAAGCUGAAAUCGUUUGCAUUUACAUGGUAUUUGUUUUGGGAGUUUUUCAUUCCCAUUCUUCUCAACAACUGCAAAUCUGCAAUUGAAUUUUUAUAUUCAUGUUAUAAAUUGUCUUAUUAGUUGCAGGUAAUGCGUAUUCUCCUCUUUUUUUUUGCUCAAAUUUAAGUGCGGAUGGAUGGAUCUAAUUUUUUUUUUUUAAAACAAAUUAUGUUGAAGUUCAUGUUAACUUACAGUGGCUUGAAUUGAAUGCAUGUCUUGUGAAUGACGUGGCUCAAUCUUUGCCCACUUUGCCAGAGUGAAUUUCAAAUGAUCACCUGUGUUCCAGUGUAUGAUACCCUUGGAAGCAGCAAAAAUGAUGAGGAGGCAUUUUCCAGAGAUGAUGAUUGGUGCGUUGAUUGGAGGAGAAACACCCUGUCGUUUCCAUCUUAUUACAUAGAUGAAAAUUUAUCUGCUUGGACGAAAGUCUCUAUGCAACCGGCAGAAGAAGUGAUGUCAAAAGUGAAAGUAGUUUUCUCCACACUUAAUUCCAAGUCAAAUGAUGUUUCAGAUUCUGAAGAUCGUCUUAUGCUGGAGAAUGAUAUACCUAAUUAUUCUCCUUGCUGCCUGGAGAAUCACAAUGGUACAGGCAUCGGAAGCUCCCCCAUGGAAGCUGGGACCAAGUCUUCUGUUCUUUCAGAAUCCUUACCUAAAGAAGAAAGUGGAGAACAACCUGAUGCAGAAUGUGAAGAAUUAUAUGGCCCAGACAAAGAACCACUAGUAAAUAGAUUCCCAGAGCUGGUGGAAUUUCCAGCUGAGAACAGUAUUCCUCAAGACGAUGAAAAUCACCAGCUAAAUCAGUCCGGAAGAGCAUCUCGAUCUGAGAGUGAGGGCUUCAGGGAGAACAAUGUUGUUGCCUCUGCGGGUGAUGACAAUCUCAUACAAGUUAGAAACUUCCGAGCCCGAGGAAGGAGAAGAUACUCAAUCUUGACACUAACCAGCUAAAUGAUGGUGUGAAAUCUGUAUCUAAGAAGGUAUUAUGUACGGCACCAAUUCAAUAGUUAACUUUUUGAUGUUCUGUCUAGCAACGAGUACCUUCAGAUUUUGACUUCCUCC